UCCCUGCACAUUAAAUACACCUCCCAAGAUUUGCUACAAACUGAACAGGUGGAUAAAGCUGGAAUUCUAACUGCACCAACAAAGAGUUCUUUGCCAUGUCUGACUACCUUUGGUAUGAAGGAAUACCUUUUCCUACUAUAGGAUAUGACAGAGAAACACUUGAAAAUUGUGAUAAGUUUGUGAUAAGAGAUGAAGACACAGUCAUAUUGACUUACCCUAAAUCAGGAACAAACUGGAUGAUUGAAAUUAUCUCCUUGAUUCAGACCAAAGGGAAUCCCAAAUGGAUUCAAUCUGUUCCCAUUUGGGAACGCUCGCCCUGGCUAGAGUGUCAAUAUGGAUAUGAAUUAUCAAUCAGUAAGGAAGGACCUCGUCUCAUCAGCUCCCACCUUCCCUUCCAUCUUUUCCCCAAGUCCUUUUUCAGUUCCAAGGCCAAGGUGAUCUUUGUCAUCAGAAAUCCUAGAGAUGUUCUUGUGUCUGGUUAUUUUUUCUUGAAUAAAACUAACCUUGCUAAGACUCCAAAGUCAUUUGGAACUUAUUUUGAAUGGUUCCUCAAAGGAAAUGUGAUAUAUGGAUCAUGGUUUGAACACACCCGUGACUGGUUGUCCAUGAGAGAAAGGGAGAACUUCCUGCUACUGAGCUAUGAAGAAAUGAAAAAGGAUACAAGGAAAACCAUAGAGAAGAUCUGUGACUUCCUAGGAAAGAAAUUAGAGACAGAAGAACUGGAUCUGGUCCUCAAGCACAGCUCCUUCAAAGUCAUGAAUGAAAAUAACAUGUCCAAUUUUAGUCUCAUCCCAGAAGAUGUGGUUACUAAUGGUUUGAAACUGUUGAGAAAAGGCAUAACUGGAGACUGGAAGAAUCACUUUACAGUAGCCCAGGCUGAAGCCUUUGAUAAAGUGUUCCAGGAGAAGAUGGUUGGUUUUCCAUCAGGGCUGUUCCCAUGGUAAUAAGUUCUCAAAAUCAUUAAAUCAUGUAUUUUGGAGUGUGAAUGACUAGGUGUGAAAAUAAAAUAAAUCCUGUUACUGAA